UAGUCAGCUGGUGCGCCUGCGUCUCUGCGCUGUCCAACUAGGCCACUAGUCACAGAGAACUGUGUUGAAAUCACUUCAUUUUUUCUUCAAAUUUCUCAAAAUGUCAUCACUCUCCGACUUGCCAAUCGAACUUAUUGAACAAAUUUUGAAUAAUCUGGAAGCUUUGGAAAGGCUAAUCGCUCGAAAAGUGUCCUACAGCUUCCGAGCAAUAAUCGAUAACCUCGGUCCAAAUCUGAAGACGGUUCAUGUAAAUUUUCAUGAAAAAUUUUCAAGACUAAUUCUCGAUGAGAACUACGGCGGGGUUACCUAUGAGCAAGUUGAUGGAGCCUGCCAAGUUGAAUAUAAGAACAGUGGCCGAGUACAUGCUGGAAGGAACCACGUUGAAAUGUUGAUGGAGGACUUGAAGAGCUUGGUGAAGUACCCUGAAGUUGAUGAAUUUCUGAUACAGCUGGCUACCAACAAUUUUAAUGAAAGAAAAAUCAUUUUAAAGGCAAUUGAGUCAUUUUUCGAAUCCUUAAACUUCAAGUUAAAAGCGAAAAAAGUGAUUAUCGAUGACUUCACCGCCCGUGAAGUUUCUGAAAUACUUCAGAAGUUCGAACCUGAAAUUCUCGAAGAAAUAACUCUCCAAGCUCAAUUCCUAAAGUACUAUGAGCCGAUAAAUGGCGUUGUGGAACUCGAGCAAUGGAAGAAAGCUAAAAUUCUGAACAACCGGUCCAAGUUUCUGAUCCCUAUUAAGCAUAUUGUAAAUUUCACUCAAUUUGACAUAAAUGUGAAGGAUCUGACGACGGAUGAUGCAUUGGAGAUUAGAGAUAUUCUCAUAAAAUCCUUGACACUGGAAUCUGGCUACUUCCGAUCCGUCAUUGCCAACUCUGUCGCAAUUCCAAGUGUUUUUGAACCCGAUCAUCUUUUCAGGAAAUUUGCACUUUUCGAAUUCAAAACUCCACGCUGUGAAUUUCAAUUCGACUGUGGACCGAAUUAUUUAUCGUUUCAAAAGAAAUCUUUAUAAAUUAUUGGAACAUUCAAUAAAAAUAAACUUCAAAUUUUU